AUCACCUCGCGCGACAGUUGCUCGCGGGAUCUCGACGCGGACGGAAGAAAAGUUACGAAACCUACGGGGACAGAAUCGAGAGUGAUCCACACGGUAUUCUUCGUCGGGCUGCAAUUAGACGCCUGGUGUUAAGUUUGUGAGGAAAAAGAACAUUGUGGGAGAAUUACAAUGCGGAGAAUGUCUUCCCAGUGCUGGAUGCUGGCGCUGAUAAUUGCCGUUCAAAAUAUCAACCAUGUUGCGAGCAGUAAUUCGUUCAUAGAAUUGGAACAGUACUAUCGGAUGCCAAAGCUUCACGCGUAUGAUGACUAUGAUGAAUGCUUGGACGCGUACGAUACCCAGGAGCCGGUGUAUUGCGUAGCCCGUUCAAUCAUCAAGCCAGAAAACCAAUCGGAACUUUGGAGAUUCAUCAAGGAUUUCUCAAGCGACACCUACAGGCACUUCCGUCAUGAUCAUUUAGACCGAGGGUUAUGUGUUGAAGGCUGUCGUCGGCUAGUCUCUCAACUUGACAACGAAACAGCAAACCAGCUGUACGUGGAGAAGUUUGACAUAGACUUUCCGUACAUAAUAAGCGCCGAAACAUUCGAGAAUGUGCACCAAGAUCAGGUACACUAUGGGCGGCUCAUCAAUAUCUGCGAAAAUUACAUCCUCAGGAAGGUUUACAAUCUGACGGCUUACACCGAAAUUGAGUACUGCACUCGACCUGUGCAACAGCUCAACGUGGAUUUGUUGGAUAUGAGUUUCGUUGGCAUUUCAAUGCUACUAGUUUUCCUUGUGAUUGCUUCCAGUUUGCUUGACUAUAAGCUGAAGAGCAAAGACGCGAAGAAUGACCAUUACAAAAACAACAUAGCGAGCGACAGAACCAUGCUGCUCACGUCAUUUUCACUGAAACGAAACUGGUAUCGGCUGACAAGUCGCUCCAAGGACCAACUCAACGAGGACUUGCGUUUCUUCCAGACGUUCCGUUUUUUCACCUUCUGCCUGGUCGUGGUGGGUCACUGCUCCGACAUGUUCUCGGUGACGCCCAUCAGCAAUACGUUCGACCGGGAGAAGGAAUACUACAGCGCGGAAGGGUUAGCCGUUAUCAAUGGCUCACAGAUUGUGCAAACGUUCUUCGAAAUGAGUGGCUUCCUGCUGAGCAUACACUUCUUCACCACUCGCUCUCGGAUGAAGAAGAUCGAGUGGACGGCUGUGCUGGCCGUUUUAGUUUAUCGAUAUAUAAGACUAACCCCGGCUUACGCCUACGUGAUGCUUCUCCACUCAACUUGGCUUCCGAAGUUUCAAGACGGUCCGCUGUGGAAUCGAGGAGCACAAACAGAGAAAUAUUUCUGCAGACAAAAUUGGUGGACCAAUUUGCUGUACGUGAACAAUUAUGUUAAUUCAGAUAAACCGUGUCUCCAACAAGCGUGGUAUCUUGCCUGUGACUUCCAGUUAUUCGCAUUAGGAAUGAUUGCCGUUGUGGCUGUCGCAAAGUACCCUAAGCUGAGAAAUGCGCUGUAUUCCACAAUAAUGGCACUGGCCUAUAUUAUUCCAGCACUCAUAAUAUAUUUCGGAGGAUUCGAUGGUGCAUUUAUUAACCGCCUACAAGAUGAACGCUUCAUUUACUGGUACGAUCGAAUGUACCAUAUGGUAUAUAUUCCUUUCCAUACCAAUAUGGGAUGUUAUUUUGGAGGCAUCAUCCUCGGUACGAUCUAUUACAAGCAACGGAAAAAUUACCAUAAAGGCAAUCGAUCAUGGUUUCUUCAGCUGUUGUGGUACUGUACCGUGCCCGUUGGUUUCCUGUGCUUGAUGAGCAACAUGAUCUUCUACCAGUACAACUUCGAAAAACCAUCAAUAUGGAUGGCCAUAUUCUACCCCGUGAUGAAAAACAUGUGGAUCUUCCUCGGAACUAUAACACUGUAUGGGGUGAUAUACCAGUACAAUAAGGUGAUCAACGGGUUCCUCAACUUUUCCAUUUUUGUGCCGCUCGGAAGGUUGACAUACUGUGCGUACGUCUGUCACGUGUUCAUGCUGAAGAAUGUAUUUUUCGGGACGAGAGAAAUUGGCUACUUCAGCAAGAUGUCGUUGCUUUCCAAGGCAAUACCAGUGGUGGUUUUUUCAUACAUUUUAGCACUGAUAUUAGCAUUACUGCUAGAAUUCCCAGCAACAGCAGUUCAGAAACAUUUGUUCGCUAAGAAAAUCGAGGAAGUAACGAUAGAUCCCAAAGCUACUUAUACCGAGAACAACAAUGUGAUUAAAGAGAAGGAAACUUCCCGGGUGUAAAACGAAUCGAGGCUCAAUCGGCUCAGGUGAUAACUGUUCGAUAGACUGCGAUACAAAAAAAAAUCGAGCCCGACAUGACAAUAACCCAUGGAAAACAUCUGUGGACAACUUGGGACUCUCAAGAGCUCAACAACAUACGAUGAAAAGUGCCUCCUCGAUGGACAUAAGUUUCGUUUCCUCGAUUUAUUUAUUUGACAAUAUAAUAUAUAAUUCGAGUACGGUGUUCAGCAUUAAGCUAUAGCUAAUGGUAGGUACAGCACGACCUUUUUCAUGUAACUAAGACUAAUUCAUGAUCGAAUCUCUUCAUUGUGUUUGUAACAUCAUUAGGACCAAGUGAUAUGUUUGAUUGUUUGAGAACAACAAACAUAAUUUGAUAGUUUUUCUAAACAGUUACAUUCGCGAGACCAAUAAAAUGAAAUCGAUUUACUAUUUUAUCAGAUCAGAUCUACUUAAAAUAAAACAUUGGCUAGUCCAAAUAAUCCUCAAUAACGUGAUCAUUGUAUUUGGGUGUUCUAAUUAUCAUUACAAAGAACCUAAUUGCUAAGAGCAUUUGAGUUAGGAUGUAAGAUAAUAGAUUAAGUUAAAGUACAGUUUUAUGAGUUACUGAAAACUGGAAAUAAACUUGAAUGAAUCAUAAA